ACUUGUUAGCAGUUCAACACAGAGCCAGUACUCAUGAAUCUCCACUGGAGAGAAAAGAUAACAAAAAAAAAAAAAAAAACCCUAACUUCCUAGCAAAAGCAAGGCCCGAAGCCCAUUAUUUUCCCACUUCACACGUACUAAAUGCCCCUCUCUGUUUCCAAACCCUGUAUUAAAUGCAGCAGCUGGAAAAUCCACCCACCUUCCGCAAAGACAAUCUCUCCUAAUCCCCAUACCUUUCUCUUUUCUCACCCCUCAAAUGGACUCCCACUCCCUCUUUAAACCCAAAUGUCCACCCCCACCACCACAAUCCCCUCCACUUUCUCCGCCACCUCCCCUCCUCCCCCUACUAAUUACCUCACCAACCUUGGCCUUGGCUAUUCCAUAGCCAUAGCCCUUUUCUUUCUCGUACUUCUCUCCACCAUCCUCCUUGCUUCUUACAUAUGUUGUCGCACCACCCGCCAUCGUUCUCGCAACUCUAACAACAACAACAGUAAUUAUUCAAACUCUACAGCCGAUGGCAUAAUACUUCCUCGCAUUAUUUUCGUUGCCGAAGAUGACGAAGAACAAGAACGUGAUUUAGAAAGUGCUGCUUUAGGUCUCAACCAGGCUGUUAUCAACUCGUACCCAAAACUCCAGUUUAGUAAAGAUGGUGGGUUCAGUGAAAGAACCAAUAAUUUUUGUAAUACUUGCUCGAUCUGUUUGUGCGAGUAUAAAGAUUUGGAGAUGUUAAGAAUGAUGCCUGAUUGUAGGCAUUAUUUUCACUUGCUUUGUCUUGAUGCCUGGCUUAAGCUUAAUGGGUCGUGUCCCGUUUGUCGGAACUCACCGUUGCCUACUCCGCUUUCGACACCGUUGUCGGAGGUUGUGCCUUUGUCGCAGUACGCAGCGGAUCGGAGGAGGAGGUGAUUUUGGUUUGAUGUGGUUUGGGCGUGGAACGUGGAGUGUUGGGUUGUGUUUGGAAAUGGAGAACUGUAAAUUUUUGGGUUUUGAAAAGGCAGUAGGGGAAUUGGAUUUACUGAUUUGUGAUUUUGGAUUGUUCUAAACUGAAACGUCUGGAAAAUCAUUUGACUAGGAGCUUUUUUUUUU